AUGCGCAAAGCAAGCAAACGAGUGAACCGUCAGUACUGGCAGCCAGAACACCGCGCCCCUUGCUUCAUUCCCACAUUGCACUUAAACCAUGGCCUUCACACGUUCCAGAGGAUGUAUGGCUGUGAGCUCCUUGCAGACGGGAGCAAAAGAGGGUUUCUCCAGUAUGGCUACGAAGGGAGGACCUUCAUCACUUUCGACAAGGAGACCCUCACCUGGGUGGCUCCCGACCCCCAGGCCCAGAUCGCCCGGAGGAAAUGGGAUGCUAUUCCAGGAAAGAAUCAGGGACAUAAGUUUUACCUGGAGGAGGAAUGCAUUCAGUGGCUGGAGAAGUACCUGUCCUACGGGAAUGAGACACUCCUGAGGACAGAGCCUCCAGUGGUGACAAUGAGCAGCCGGACGGAGGUGGAGGAUGGGAUGGAGACGCACAUCUGCCGCGUGGAUGGCUUCUACCCCAGGGACAUCGAUGCCUCCUGGAGGAGGGAUGGGGAAGAAUGGUUGGAAGAGACCUUCCAUGGGUCUGUGGCCCCCAAUGCGGAUGGGACCUACCAUUACUGGCUCAGCAUCAGGAUUGACCCCAAAGAGAGGAGCCACUAUCGGUGCCACGUGGAGCAUGACGGCCUGCAGGAGCCUCUGGACUUGGAGCUAAAGGGUAAGAGCUGCAGGGAGGGGAAGGCUGGGCUCUCUGGCAGGCUGGAGGGUGGUGGGAGAGAAAUCUGACCCCAGCUGUGUCCAGAUGUGGUCAUAGCUGAGCUUUCAUCCAUUGGUCCUUCCAGUGUUCGAGGCUGGAG